GAGCCAGCGGAAACCGCCCCGGGAGUAGCCCCAGGCUCGCCCAGCGCGGAGGGCGAGGCACCCCGCCGGGCCGCAGCACCCGAGCGCCCCUCCGUGGGUCCGCGCGGCGCCAUGACCUGGAGCGCCACCGCCCGGGGCGCCCACCAGCCGGACAACACCGCGUUCACGCAGCAGCGCCUCCCCGCCUGGCACCCGCUGCUGUCGGCCAGCAUCGCGCUGCCGCUCUUCUUCUGCGCCGGCCUGGCCUUCAUCGGCCUGGGCCUGGGCCUCUACUACUCCUCCAACGGCAUCAAGGAGCUCGCGUACGACUACACCGGCGACCCGGGUACCGGCAACUGCUCGGUGUGCGCCACGGCCGGCCAGGGCCGCGCGCCGCCGCCCCCCUGCUCGUGCGCCUGGUACUUCUCGCUGCCCGAGCUCUUCCAGGGCCCCGUGUACCUCUACUACGAGCUGACCAAUUUCUACCAGAACAACCGGCGCUACGGCGUGUCCCGCGACGACUCGCAGCUGAGCGGGCUGCCGAGCUCGCUGCGCCACCCGGUCAACGAGUGCGCCCCCUACCAGUACAGCGCGGCCGGCCUGCCCAUCGCGCCCUGCGGCGCCAUCGCCAACAGCCUCUUCAACGACUCCUUCUCGCUGUGGCACCAGCGCCAGCCCAACGGGCCGUACGUCGAGGUGCCGCUCGACCGCACCGGCAUCGCUUGGUGGACCGACUACCACGUCAAGUUCCGCAACCCGCCGCUGGUGAACGGCAGCCUGGCGCUGGCCUUCCGGGGCACCGCGCCCCCGCCCAACUGGCACCGGCCGGUCUACGAGCUGAGCCCCGACCCCAACAACACCGGCUUCAUCAACCAGGACUUCGUGGUGUGGAUGCGCACCGCUGCGCUGCCCACGUUCCGCAAGCUGUACGCGCGCAUCCGCCAGGGCAACUACUCGGCCGGGCUGCCGCGGGGCGCCUACCGCGUCAACAUCACCUACAACUAUCCGGUGCGCGUCUUCAGCGGCCACAAACGCCUCAUCUUCAGCAGCAUCUCGUGGAUGGGCGGCAAGAAUCCAUUCCUGGGCAUCGCCUACCUGCUGGUCGGCUCCCUCUGCAUCUUCGUGGGCUUUGUCAUGCUGGUCGUCUACAUUCGCUACCAGGACCAGAACGACGACGAGGAGGACGACGAGUGAUUCCUGCUUUCAAAGUACCCUUUCUGCUCCUUGCCAAAACUCUUGCAAACUUCUUUAGGCUUCUCCCUCUCGACUGUCACCCAAUUCCAGCUUCGCCUCACACUGCCUCCUAUUGUGGAUGAGGGGACCAGAGAGAGAGAAAUUGACACCUGAUCAGGCGCUUCCAGGCUCUUUUAGGGUGUUUGAACUGCUAGAGCGAGACAUUCCUACAAAUUUCCCCCAUCUCUUUCACGAGUGGACAUGUUAGGUUCUUUGAGCGAGGAAUGGACGCUUGCUUAUACAUUCUUAUUCAAACUCCAUCUGAUGAAGAGACAGACCUGUAGAUGUUAAAGAACUCUUUCGAGAUCUAACAGCUACUCAUUGGCUCCUGGUUCUGAUUCUGACUCUGAAGCUAGAGCUUUAACCACUGUAGUACAGUGGUUUUCUUUUCUUGGGGGUGGGGGUAAGUGUAGAGAGUGAAGCCUACAAAUAACCAGCAGAGGCAUGGAGAAGUGGAGGAGAACAUACUGUUUUAAAAUGUAGAUAGAUUAGAAGGCCCCAUCCCCAGAAAUUCUGACACAUUAAGGCUUUAGUGAGACCCUCGAAGCUGCAGUUUUAACAAACCCAUCUGGAGAUUCCUCCUGUAUUCCCUCAAGGGAAUCAGUGCCCUGAACCAGGGAGCAAGUAGGAUACUGUUGCCUAUUUCCUUAUAUGUCUGAGGCUAGGUGUGACUCCAUCACUGCCCGUUCAGGUUUUCAGGUGGUCAUCUUUUCCCAGGGGCAGUGACAAGCAUAAUGUUCCAAGUUUGAUCUCGCUCCUCCUUGAACAUAGGAAGCUCUCUGUAACAUGCAGAGUAGUGAAAACAGCUAGUUGGCAUACAGAUUUGCAGAGCAGGGUUUGCAACAAUUCAUUUGAUAUUUUAGUGCAAGAAAUUGAAUUUUUUUUUUUUUUUUUUUUGGCCAGGUACUGUGUAGAGACUUGAAAAUGUCAGGUCAGUCUGUACAAUUCAGUGGGAAGGUUUUAACCUUAGAAUCAGAUAGCUGGAGGGGACCUUAGAGGGAAAAUGUUUUUCCUAAAGUCAUAUUGUGACUCAGUCUUGUCAUCUAAAUGAUUUUUUAUGCUUAGUGAUUUUUUUAUGCUUAUGUUGUUCAUACCUUUUCCUUUGUGUCUAAAAAAAGUUAAUGUUCUCAAAUGAACCAUGUUUGUUUUUAAUAAUAUGUUGAAGUGAAUGCUAAGAAACUAGUCUUAUGUAAACUAGACUCAAAAAUUAUUUGAACCAUUGAGAUAAUGUUAAACUUUGACUACUCUAAACUCAUUUUAAUAUAUUGAUAUAUAAAGUUACUGUAAGAUAAUAGAAUUUUUAAAAACCCUUUUAUGGCAAAAGAACUUUAAAAAGUGAGAUCAUCUGCACAAGUUUAUUUGCUGAAAGCAAACAGUUACUCGGUGUUCUGUCAGAACCCUUAGUGCCUGUUCUCUAUUAUGGCUACUUUCCAGUGACUACAGUUUUUGCUCUUGCCAGUGUUCUUGCCUGGAGAAUCCCAGGGACGGGAGAGCCUGGUGGGCUGCCAUCUACGGGGUUGCACAGAGUCAGACACGACUGAAGCGACUUAGCAGCAGCAGCGGCAUAAGGCAGGGCAAUACUUUGAAGUUUUUUGUUUUUUUGUUUUAAUUGAGUCACAGAAAUAUUGAAUUGUACUGAAUAAUUUAUAUUAAUUUUAUUUUAUUCUUCUGGUUCUUUGAAAAAUAAUAGACAUAGACAACAUGCAUGUUCGCUGACAUCUGUUGGAUCUUCUGGAACAGUUGUGACUUAAGAGAUUCUGUCCCAGUAUUUACAUAAACCAAAAAAUAUAUUAUAAUCCCAGUAUGUUGGCUUCCCAACUCCUGAAUAUGACACAGUUUUACUGUCAGAUUUUGUAGUGUUGUUUUAGGCUGUGUAUAUAUGAUCAUAUAUAUGUAGAGUAAUUUUUAUUUAUCAUGAGUUUUUGAUCAAGUAGUUGCUUCUUUAUAAUUUACCACAUUUUUUUUACUACUUAGUUGAGAAGAACCAUGUAUAUUACUAUCAUUUUUACAGUAUUCAUCGCUAUAAAAUUUUAAGUGAGUCUACAAAAUUAAAGGUAUUCUGAUUAAAUCAAUGAAUAUGGUUCCAGGUCCUCUUUGGGUUUUUGAAAGAGAAUAAAGGUUAUAUUUGUGUUGCCUUUGUUAUCACAUUUGCUUAAUCCUUUUGAACUAUGAUCUUAAAGCCACAAACGUUUAAAGUUACCAGCUACCAUCCACUUUGCUCAUUUGUUAUUAGCAGAUUUAUACUGCAGCAAGAAAAUCAUCUUUCAGAAUAAAGCUCAAAUGAACUCAA